AAGAGAAGAAAACAAAAUGGCGCCUCCUUUGACUUUCUAUCUUCGGAAAGACUGCGUUGAAUGUCGUGUUGUAUGGCUUUAUAUGAUAAGGAACAAGAUUACGUUCACUAUGGUUGAUAUAGAUGAUGCUCGUCCAGUUGGUUUUGCUGGGAUGAGCCCUCUAGGGUCAGUGCCGAUGAUAAUAGAUGAUAAAAAUACCAUAACAGGAUGUCUUGCGAUUGUAAUGUACCUAGCUGAAAAAUAUACCGGCUUCUCAGGGUUCGGCCAGACACCUGAGGUGAGAGCAAGAAUUGAGUCUAUUAUCUGCUGGGCAGCAACUGCUUUAACCAGAGAUGUUGCACAUAAUUACGUCUACCCAUCACUCCAACGGCAAGAGGACUCCCUCCCUGGAGAAUCCAACAUUUCACUCAUCAGCUUCGGCAAGUCAGAGGUCAUGUUCCACCUCAACACCUUGGAAAACCAAUACCUCUCCAAAUCUCCAUUUCUGUCUUGCGAUCGAGAGACAUUUGCCGACAGCUGGGUGACUGUAGUUCUGUCGCUGCUUGAAUUUGCGUCUUUCGAUUUUUCUCCAUGGCCCAAGGUCAAGGCAUGGAUGAAUAAUGUGAAAGCUAACUGUGAUUAUGUCAAUGUGAGCCACACCCAUGAAGAAAAAGCCAGGCAGUUUUGCUAUGGGUUUAAUAAGAGCAUUGGGGAUGUGAGGUCUGUUUGAUGGGGACUGUCAAAUAUAUCUUUGUGGCAAUAGGAAGCCAUUUAGUUGCUCAUAAUAAGAUGCCAUUAAAGUGUCAUGGAAUAGGAGACAAAUAGGAAGCCAUUUGGACGUUCAUAAUGAGAUGCCAUUUAAGUGUCAUGGAAUAGGAGAAAAAUAGGAAGCCAUUUGGACAUCCAUAAUGAGAUGCCAUUUAAUUGUCAUGGAUAAGGAGAAAAAUAGGAAGCCAUUUGGAUGUUCAUAAUGAUAUGCCAUUUAAGUGUCAUAGAAUAGGAGAACAAUAGGAAGCCUUUUGGAUGUUCAUAUUGCAACAGUGGGAAGCCAUUUCAGUGCAAGAGCUAGAAGUAUUGGAACAUUGGGAAGCCAUUUCAGUGCAAAAGCUAGAAGUAUUGAAACAUUGGGAAGCCAUUUCAGUGCAAAAGCUAGAAGUAUUGAAACAUUGGGAAGCCAUUUCUGUGCAAGAACUAGGAGUAAUGAAACAUUAGCUGUCAUAAUCAGGUUCAAAUAUGCAAUAGGAAUCCAGAUGCAAUCAAAAGAUAGAAUAAUUUUUAUUUAAUUAUCCAAAUAUCAAAAUACAAAAUGGUCUUAGCUUUCAGAUUAGACAUGCAAUAUUUUGUUUGAAACAAAUGUGAAUUCUAAGUGUUUUUUUUUUUCAUUCCUACUCAUUUGACUUUCCAUGACUAUAGUGGCUUUACAAUUUACCUUAUGAAACACCCAGUUUUUAUUGCCAUCACUAUGUGAUGUCCCCCAUCACCUCCGCAAUAACGAAUUAACCUUAUUUAGUGUUGUUUACAACUACAGUUCACGCACUAAAAAUAAUCCUUAUCUUAUGCUUCUACACCUCAGGCAACUCCAAUCAUGGCACAAUUUCUCUUGUUUUGGCUUCUGUCUGAGAAACCAGGAUGUCUUUAGAAGUUGUUGAGGUUACAGAAAUAUAUAAAUCACACGAAAAUUAGCCAGAAAUUCUAACAAAUGUUAGCUAAUAUUGAACUCUAAAUGGCAAUAAAAAAAUAAUAAGAACUAUAGAACUAUAAAACAGAACGUGAUUGGCUGUCCUCAUGUUUUUACAACACAGAAACAGUCAAAAUUACUGUAACAAAUGGAAAGUAACAAAUGGAAAGUAUUUUUUUCUAUAUUUUGGAGGUAGUUUGCAAUCCUGAAUGAAACGGCAUAGGGCUUUUCUGAGUUAUAAACAAGAUGCAUUGCACUCCAGCUUCAGUACAAACAUCUUUUGUUCGUUGUCUUAUGCAGAGUUGUCCGCACCCAAGCUAGACCAGAAUGCACCGUUUAUCAAACUCAAAGAACCUAUUUGUUUUAUUCACCUGGAAAUAACUUACAUCAAACUACUUCAAUUAUUCUCAUAAUUAAUGAAUACAUUAUUCAGGGUUUGUGCUACAUUUUCGUUACAAAAUUCAAGGACUUUUUAAGCACUUUUCAAGCACAAAAAUUCGAUUUUCAAGGACAAAGUUUUUUGUAUUAGAACGUGGUUUAAGCAUUGAUUCAAUGUUACAGUGCAGCUAAUUCAGCCGGGGCCACUAGCUGAGAAAAACAGAAUUUUAAUAUACGCAUUCUUACCAAAAGUACCCAGAUAUUCAGCUAGGCUAUUUACGAAAUAUACGCAAACUCUUCAAUGAGCAAUUAGUGGAUUUAGC